CUUGCCCCUCGUAUUUAAAGGGAAGAAAAACUACGGUAAUGUCUAAGAUCAAGAAAGGGCAAAGAAAUUGAAGGUCAUGAUCUACUCAGUUCUCUUGGUCGGCCUCAGCCUUGCCUCCCAAGCCCCAGCAACAUGCACUCGAGCAACGCUCCAAGCUGCCGCCGGCGCAUACGCAAAAGGCGUUCUCUCCCAAGCAGUCACGAUUGAUCUUAGUCGCAGUCUCAUCGACACGACGCACAAUAAGAAGCCGUAUGCCAUCCAUACACGCAUGCUCUUCUCCGCCGACGGCUCCCAGAUCACGGGUAUCCAAACUGUUCUCGCGAAGGAGGGGGAUUGGGCGUUCAAUGCUGCUGGGCAACUCAAGUGCAAACGCGACACCUACGCCGUGACCAAACCAGCAUGGGACGCGUACCUAGACUCCUGGGGCGACAGCACCGUCAAGGCUCCCUACGGCGUACCCUGCGCGCGUCUCGAAGGCGGCUCAUACGCCGGCACCGCGACCGGGACAAUCAAUACGUGGAAGAUGCCGCAGUUCCCUGAGACUUUCCAUGCGGGCAAUCGGAGGUAUGUGGUUGGUGAGGAACUAGGCGGCGUGGAUAUCUUUAUUGAUUUCCUUUUAUUGAUAAAGCCGAAUGAGACCCCGAGUUUGUGUGGAGGGGGGAAUGAUCAGGUAUAUUCAUGAGGUUACUGUUUAUAGUGAGAAGAAUUGUGGGAGGUAGGGGCCCGGGUGAGAGAGAGAUAGGGGGCAGGUAAGGGGGUGGUUGGCGCGUGCUGGAGAGUUUCACUUUGCCCGUGUGUACUGAGGAAUG